GGCGCGGCGGGGCCCUGGCGGAGGUUGCUGCUCCGUGAGGGGCUUCCGGGGGCCCUGUGGGGAGAGGUGACUGGUAGAAGUGGGAGACCUGUUCCUGACCAUGUCAAGGAGAAAGUUGGAGAAUAAAAGCCUUCCUGGCUUGUUAGCUAUGUCUCUGCACACACAGAUCAAGACAGACAAUUUCCACAAUUUUUAUAUGCUUGAAUCAAAAGAGUUAGGAAGAGGAAGAUGUGCUGUGGUUAGAAAAUGUAUAGCUAAAUCCACAGGCCAAGAGUAUGCAGCUAAGUUUUUAAAGAAAAGAAGAAGAGGUCAAGACUGCAAAGCAGAGAUUCUUCAUGAAAUUGCUGUGCUUGAAUUAAUGAAAUCUAAUCCUCACAUAGUUAAUCUCCAUGAAGUCUAUGAAACAGCAAAUGAAAUCAUCUUAGUGUUGGAAUAUGCUGCUGGAGGAGAAAUAUUUGACUUGUGUGUCCCAGAUCUGGAUGACAGAAUUGGGGAAAGGGAUAUCGUAAGACUUAUAAGACAGAUACUUGAAGGACUUCGCUGCUUGCAUGAAAAUAACAUUGUUCAUCUGGAUUUAAAGCCCCAGAAUAUUUUGCUGAGCAGUGUCAAUCCUCUUGGUGAUGUCAAAAUAGUAGAUUUUGGUAUGUCUCGGAAGCUUGAGAAUUCUGGUGAACUGCGGCAGAUCAUGGGAACAACAGAGUAUCUAGCUCCAGAGAUCUUAAACUACGAUCCCAUUACCACAGCUACAGAUAUGUGGAACAUAGGUGUAAUUUCAUACAUGCUGCUGACGCAAGAAUCUCCAUUUGUUGGAGCUGAUAAUCAAGAAACUUACCUUAAUAUAUCUCAAGUUAAUGUGGAUUAUUCAGAAGAAACAUUUUCAUCAAUUUCACAGCCUGCCAAAGACUUCAUUCAAAAACUCCUCAUAAAAAAUCCAGAGCAAAGACCCACAGCAGAAGCCUGUCUUUCUCAUCUGUGGUUGCAGCAAGGGGAGUUCAUACUCUUGUGUAGCCCUGAAGAAACUUGCUGCUCUUCUCUAAUGCCAGGACACACCACAAAAUGGUCAGAAGAGCGGAAUGUAAAAUCUAGUUGUAAUGGUACCUGCAGCAACAAGGAAGACAAAGAGAACAUUCCAGAGGAUAGCAGUAUGGUCUCCAAACGUUUCCGUUUUGAUGAUUCGUUGCAGUAUCCCCAAGAUUUCAUGACAGACUUCAUAUGUUAAUGUGUAAUACAGACUUUUAUAAAAUGGAUUUAGCAUAAUCUGUUCCUGUGGCGAAUAUAAGAUUAUAGCUUGCCAAUUUGUGCAGCAUUGGCAUACGAGAAAUGCACUUUGAUUCUUUUAUGCUGGUGCUUCCUUUUCUGUCCAUUGCUGGCAAUGGAUUUAACUCCUGAAAAACUGGGGUUGGUUGCACCAGUAAAAUGAAUUAUUUUUUUUUUUAAGAAGAUUUAAUUAAGUAUUUUUGCACUUUUCAAGUUUUAGUCCAAAAAUCAUGCCAGAGUGAACAAACUAAAACCUGAAGAUGAGUUUGUUUCAGCUUGAGCUUUGCCAAACAGUGGUUGAAUACAUGCAUGCUUUUAUGACUAGCCUUAAGAAAUCAGUGUAAGCAGGGAAACUGAAUCUAGCUG